AUGAUACCUAUAGAGACGACACGUCGUCUUUAUAGGGUUGACCAAAAAAUUUUGACCUGUCUUACUCCACAUGUAACGAUCGAUCAGAUCAUGAUGGAGGCUGAUUAUAUGCUGUCAUAUGGAGUUGCCAAAUCUUCAAUCUGUCUUCUUCACAAAUAUCACAUUCUUGAGAUUUUGUUACCAUUUCAGGUCGUAUACAUUUCUAGGCAGCCUUCUGCAUCUAAGCAAAGUAGCAUGAUGUUAAUGGGACGCCAAAUCGUCUCUAUAGGUGAACUACUACCACGAUUUGCUGUUUCUAUAGGUUGGGACUUGUCGUGUAUAACUUUAUCUAUAGAGAUGACAUGUUGUCUCUAUAGAUGUUUCUACGGAGACGAGAAGUCCUCUCUAUAG